AUGGGUGCAUGUGGAAGUAAAGUGGCGUCGACCGAGGACACAGAGCAGAAAAAGAGAAGUCAAGCCAUAGACAAGACACUUGAGGAGGAUUCACGCAGAUUACGGCGAGAAUGCAAAAUCUUACUGCUCGGGUCUGGGGAGAGUGGAAAGUCGACGAUCGUGAAGCAGAUGAAAAUCAUCCAUCAAAAUGGCUACACGCAAGAAGAGAGGGCGCUGUACCGGCUGACCAUCUACAAGAACCUCAUUGACUGCAUGAAGGCGCUCAUCGGCGCCAUGCAGCAAUUUGAAAUCGAGCCAGACGAUCAAACCGUUAAAGACUACGUGGAAUACAUCAUGGAAUACAAUGUGGGCCCGGAUCCCGACACCCCGUUGGAUCUGAAAGUCGCCGACGCUGUGGAAGCCAUCUGGAAGGAUCCUGCGGCGUCCAAAACAAUGGACCGGCAAAGCGAAUUCUACUUGAUGGACUCGGCUCCCUAUUUUUUCGAAGAAGUCAGGCGAUUGGCUGCCCCUGAUUAUAUACCCAACGAGGCCGACGUUCUACGGGCACGAACGAAAACGACAGGUAUCUACGAAACGAGGUUUACAAUGGGUCAAUUGAGCAUCCACAUGUUCGAUGUGGGUGGUCAAAGAAGUGAACGCAAGAAAUGGAUCCACUGCUUCGAGAAUGUCACAUCCAUCAUUUUCUGUGUGGCAUUAAGUGAAUAUGAUCAAGUUCUUCUAGAAGAGGCGAACCAGAAUCGGAUGAUGGAAAGUCUCGUCCUCUUCGACUCGGUGGUCAAUUCGAGAUGGUUCAUGAGGACGAGUAUCAUUCUCUUCCUCAACAAGGUCGACUUAUUUAAAGAGAAGCUCGGCCGAUCGCCUCUCGGGAAUUACUUCCCCGAUUACUCGGGCGGCAACGAUGUCAACCGGGCCGCGAAAUAUCUGCUCUGGCGGUUCAACCAAGUGAAUCGUGCCCAACUCAACCUCUACCCUCACCUCACGCAAGCCACAGACACGACGAAUAUUCGCCUGGUUUUCGCUGCGGUCAAAGAAACCAUCCUCCAGAAUGCCCUCAAGGAUUCGGGGAUAUUAUGA